GGAGAACGACGUCGUAACGUGCACGAGGCCCAUCUCAGCGCGUGUCGCGACGAACAGACAGAUCUCAGCCGAGCAAGCAGCCACAGACGCAGGUCUGUGUCUUGUCGAAGAACUCCCACAGAGAAACCCUCCCAGAGAGACGAUGCCGUGCCCCGCAGAAGUCAGCGUCGAACCCGCCACCCUACACACCGAGAAGCGGUUGGACUCGCCUCGUGCCUUCUGCACGUCGCCGUCCUCCAUCUCGGACGUGGACUUCAGCCGCAGCUGCAACACGGACAAGCAGACGUCUUCCUCCAGCGACAAGACUCGUAGCGACGCGGAAUCAGGUGAUGAACAGGAGCAGGCUCAGGACGGUAUGCGUGCCCUGCGUGCGGCCUCGGGUUCCGUUGAUAUUAAUGAGGCUCUUGCGCAUCCUGUGAGCAGCUCCCAGUCGCUCAAGCGCAAAGCCGACGAAGAGGCAGACGGGGAGCAGCACCACGUGAUCAAGAAGAGCAAGACGGAGCUCACACCCGCCGAGGCCGACAGCGACUACCUCCCCACUGACAUUGAGGAGGACGAGGAGCCGUACCAGCCUGAGGUGUCUCGUGAUGGUGGCUAUGCUGAUGAGGCCUAUGCCUCUGGGUGUGUUGCAAUGGAUUCCGCUGCUGAUGUUGAAUGUAGCAGCGAGUCGCCGCGCCGCCGCAGCCGCCGCACGCUCUACAUUGAGUACUGGAGUCGGACCGACGAGUGCAAGGAGCGCAAGUGGGACCACCUUGACGAGAUCACCGAGAAGUACGGCACUGCUGAGGAACAUAUCUUUGCCACCACUCUGAAGGGCAGGACUGCGUUCCUGGAGCCCAACAUGUUUCCCUAUGACACCCCUGCAGGCAUCGAGCACUGGACGUUGUGGCACGUCAAGGACCUGAACCACGAGCAGGUGAAGCAGUACGUGGAGAACUGGAUCGAUGCCAACGCGCCCCAUGUGGAGAGGUGGAACUACGAUGACAACCCGGAGCGUUCCAUCGAUAUUUUUCACGUGCACGUGUACUUUCAGGUGGCUGAGGGUCUCACGGUGCUGCAAGACCGCAAGGUGGAGGAUCUGGUGCACGAACUGGACUGACUGCAUCCGCUCUCAUGUGCCUACAGGGUUUAGGUCGCUCGCGUCCGCGCGUCCCUACACCCUUCUCCUGCUCAAGUCCGUAAGUUAUAUCCAGGUGGUGUGGCGCUCCCUCGCAAGCCGAAGGUCAUUAUUUAUGCUGGUGCGAACAGUUGAUGCUGUUCAAGCCGAGCGAGGCAAGACGCGGUGGGAGUGCCACCACCUCAUCCAUGUGCGACAGAGGUCGUGUGUAGCCGCGAGCAUUGCAGCUUCGAGUAUGUCAUCGCGAAUACACGUUUGCUUUACCAUAAU